AUGAUACAACCUACCCAAAAUGGCGAGCGCUAUGAGCUCACAAGCCCCACGGAGAUGCCCAAAGCGGGUGCAUUCCUUUGGAACCAACGUAUGAUGAUUCAGGUCACAUGUCGUGGUUUUGCAACUGCUCAAUACAUGCAACCCGAGCCCGCGAAAUAUGCCUACGCGCCCAACCUCGAAGCGAAGACCUUUAUGCAACCGGAGCAAAACUACUAUGCUCACCACCCUGGCCGGUUCGUAUACAUCAAGGAUGAGGAAAACGGCGAGAUCUUCUCGGCGCCGUAUGAGCCGGUAAGGGCAAAGUUGGAUCGCUUCACCUUCGAUGUAGGCAAAAGCGACAUCAAAUGGCUUGUGGAGAAGUCCGGCAUUCGUGUCGAGAUGACCUUCUUACUACCCACCGACGAUGUGGCUGAACUCUGGAGCAUCAAGGUGACCAACAUCUCAGGUCGCAAGCGCAACCUGAGUAUCUAUCCUUACUUCCCACUGGGCUACAUGUCAUGGAUGAACCAAGAGGCGGAGUGGAAUACGAACGUUGGGGGCGUGGUUGGGAGCUGUAAGACUCCGUAUCAAAAAGCGGAGGAUUACCCGAAGACGAAGUAUCUGAAGGACAAGACCUACUUCCUCUGCGAAACUACACCAGUCUCAUGGGAAGCGAAGCAAGAAGCUUUCGAAGGCGAAGGAGGCCUACAAGCGCCAUCAGCACUGAGAGAGUCUCAGCUUUCGAAUAGCGACGCCCGUUACGAAACCCCGACCGCAGUUGUUCAAUACUGGGCUGAUCUAGGCGAGAACGAAAGCAAAGAGUACAGAUUCCUUUUCGGUCCUGCAUACGACGAAGCCGAGAUUCUCGACAUGCGCAAGAAAUACCUCAACAAGAUGGCCUUUGCGAAAGCCGCUAAAGACUACGAAGACUACAUCCAGCGUGGCAGCGGUUGCGUACGUCUCGAGACUCCGGACAAAGAUCUCGACAACCUGGUUAACAACUGGCUACCCCGACAACUGUACUACCACGGCGACGUAAACAGGCUUACGACCGAUCCGCAAACGCGAAACUAUCUCCAAGAUAACAUGGGCAUGAGCUUCAUCAAGCCAGAAGUAGCGCGCAAAGCCAUCACGACAGCAGUCGGUCAGCAGGAGAAGAACGGCUCCAUGCCAGAUGGUAUCCUCUUAGCCAAGGGAGCGGUACUGAAGUACAUCAACCAAAUCCCUCACACCGACCACUGCGUCUGGCUACCCAUCGCCCUAGAGAUCUACCUGAGCGAAACCGGCGACUACGCGCUGCUAGACGAAAAGGUGACCAGCAUGUACGGCGACACAUUCACAGUCUUCGAGCGCUUCAGCCGCGCCAUGGACUGGCUGCUCUCCUCAAACGCGCGAGACGACCGCGGACUCUCCUACAUCGCGCAGGGCGACUGGUGCGACCCGAUGAACAUGGUCGGUCCCAAAGGCGUCGGUGUAUCAGGCUGGCUCACCGUCGCAACCGCCUACGCCGUAAAUCUAUGGGCGCAAAUCUGCGAAGACGCCGACAAACCCGAGAUCGCGAAGAAAUACCGCACCGGCGCUGAACAAGUCAACGAAUCGGCUAACGAGCACCUCUGGGACGGCGACUGGUUUGCCCGCGGUAUCACAGACGACAACGUAACCUUCGGCAUCAAAGACGACAAAGAAGGUCGUAUCUGGCUGAACCCACAAGCCUGGUCCAUCCUCGGCGGCGCAGCCUCCUCAGAGCAAAUCUCCAAAAUCCUGCCCCAGGUCGACGAGCAACUCACAACGCCCUACGGCGUCGUCAUGUUCGGCCCGCCCUUCACCGCCAUGCGCGAAGACGUCGGUCGCGUAACGCAGAAGUACCCGGGUCAAGGCGAGAACGGCUCCGUGUACAACCACGCUGCUGCCUUUUACGCCUGGGCCCUUUACGGCAUCGAUGAAGUGGACCGCGCGUACGCUACGCUCCGCGCUAUGAUACCCGGUCCUGAUGAAGAGGAUCUGGUUCGUCGGGGCCAACUCCCUAUUUUCAUUCCUAACUACUACCGUGGUGGGUAUGGGAUUAAGCAUCUGGACCGCACGGCUGGUCGCUCGAGUCAGUUGUUCAAUACUGGGACUGUGAGUUGGGUGUAUAGGUGUUUCAUUGAGGGGCUGUGUGGGUUGAGGGGUGUAAGGGAGGGUCUGAAGAUUGCGCCGAAGAUGCCGAGUGAUUGGGAGGAGAUGAAGGUGAGGAGGGAGUUUAGGGGUGCAGUGUUUGAUGUUCAGAUUAAGAGGGGGGAUGUUAAGGAUGUCAAGGUUGUGGUUGAUGGGGAGGAGGUCGAGGGAUGCGUUGUCAAGAAUGUUACGGCUGGGAAGACGUAUAAGGUGCUUGUUGAGGUACCGAGGGCGAAGAAGACUGCGGUGAAUGGGACGAAGUCGAAUGGGAUUAGGACGAAUGGGGGACUGACGAAUGGGUCGGCGACAAAUGGGAACGGUGCAAAUGGCACGAAUGGCACGAAGUAA